GACUUAGAAAGAGAAAGAAACCUUAGUAAUUAAAACUUGCGACUUUUCCUAAGGGAAAAUAAGAAAAGAAAUCAUGGCUUCCCAAGUAGAACCAAAGCUUCCCAUUAUUGAGUUCACUGAUGAAAACUUGAGCAGUGGCACAACCUCUUGGAUAUCAACAUCCCAGGAAAUCCGACGUGCACUGGAAGAGUAUGGCUGCUUUGCGGCAGUGUACAAGAAAGUGUCACCGGAGCUCCGGGAAGCCAUGUUCAAUCACUGUAAGGAGUUGUUCCAGCUCCCUUUAGAAGCUAAACUCCAAAAUACUUCUGAUGUUUUGGGGUUUGGAUAUGGUGGAAAUUUCCCUAACAUGCCUCUAGCUGAAUACUUUGGCAUUGAAAAUGGUGGCACUCUUGGCUCAACCAAGAAUUUCGCUAAGCAGAUGUGGCCUAAUGGCAACGUCGAUAAAUUUUGUGAAGAAACGAUUUCAUACUCUAAAUUAAUUGUUGAACUGGACGAUGCGGUGAUUCAAAUGAUAUUGGGAAGCUAUGGCUUAGAGAAAUAUUAUGACCCUCUAAAAAAUUCGUAUAUGUAUUUAAUGAGAUUCAUUAAAUAUCGAAGCCCGAAAAUAGAUGAAAUAAACAUAGGUCAUCUACCUCAUAGAGAUAAGUCAUUUAUGGGGAUCAUCGACACUAAUCAAGUAGGAGGUUUGGAGAUGCAAACAAGAGAUGGAAAUUGGAUGACUUUCAAUCCCUCCUCUUAUAAAACUGUCGUAUUCAUAGCUGGUGAGCCUUUCACGGCAUGGAGCAAUGGUAGGGUAUAUGCACCAAUGCAUCGAGUGAUUAUGAAAGGAACUGAGGAUAAAUAUUCGCUCGCGUUAUUCUCAUUUAUGCGUGGGACAGUGAAAAUACCAGAGGAGCUAAUUGAUGAAGAAAACCCACAAUAUUUCAAGUCAUUUGAUCACUUUGAAUAUCUGAAAUACUGUGCAACAGAUGGCUGGAAAGAGAAAAAUCCCAUUAAAGCCUAUUGUGGUGUUUGAGCCAUUACACAUGCAUACUUGAAUAUUUUCUUGUAAUUUCACGUUUUUUGCUGCGUGCCUUCUAUAUUCAGCUUUGCUGAACUAUGUAAAAAUGUGUUGGAAAAAAAAAAUACGUUAAAAUGUUAAUGGGUAGUAAAAUGAUAAUUACUACUAUCAUGUAUCAUGUACCAGUAGUAUCUAAUAUGCAAUAAAAUUACAAUUUGUGAUUU